UACGAACGCACCAGCGCUAAACAUUUACGCAAUUAAACUAAACUGUCAUAAUUGGUGUACCUAUACGGAUGAAUGCAGAAGUGUAGUUUCGCACUCUCUAUAACGCAGGUCCUUAUAAACAUGCAGUGCGCUGCUUAUAAUGUUGAACACCAUCAUAACCAUAGAAAAUGGGGUUUCUGCUCAUGAGGCCGUAAGCACCCAGCAACCAAGAAUGACCACUUUCUCUCAUGUUAUAACCACGGAUCUCUGCUUGAUGGUCUCAACGUGACCUCUACCGCCGACCAUGGGGUUUUCCUUGCACAGGGUUUAUCGCGAUACUUCGAUAUCCACGGCAACACUGGAUGAUCCCACCGCUGCCACCGAAAUGAUAUCAUCAAACUACACUUUGGACUAUGACGAUGGCUUUCUUAUGACCUUAUCAGGUAAGGUCCUGGUGGGAAUCGUGUGUGGAAUACUCCUCUUGGUUGUCCUUGUGGGAAACACCUUCGUGGUUGUUGCAGUUGCCAAGUUCAGGAGAUUGAGGACUCCAGCAAACGCUCUCCUCUUGAAUUUGGCCAUCGCUGAUGUCACUGUAUCAGUCUUCGUGAUGACCUUUUCUACGAUGAGACUACUAAGCGAUGGUCAUUGGUUACUGGGAUCCUUCAUGUGUAAGUUUUGGAUGUCCAUGGACGUGCUUUGCUGUACGGCGUCCAUACUUACUCUCUGUAUGAUUUCAUUAGACAAAUAUUGGGCAAUCACACGUCCUCUCUCGUACCAUAGUGAUAUGUCAUGGAGGAGAACUGGUUACAUGGUUACUUUUGUUUGGGGUUGUUCGGGUAUUAUUUCUUUCGUGCCGAUCUUCACGGGACUUUAUGCCAAGGACAGAGCAAAUAUCUCCACGGACGACAUUUGCGGGGUGAACUUCUCUGUAAAUAGGUACUACGCUGUCGUAUCGAGUAUGACAUCUUUCUACGUACCCCUUGCGGUAAUGAUAUUCACCUACUGUCACAUUUAUUUUAUCGCUCGAUCGCAAGCCAUUCGAAUCAAAGAAGAGAUGAAUAGAACAGAAUAUCUGGGAAGAACGUCCCCUCCACAAUCUAUGAGGGCGUCAAUACCUUCAAAUAAAACGACUGAAAACCUUGAGCAACCUCCUGCUGAACCGAAUAGGAGGCGGUCAAGGUCUAUAACGCGUGAAUACAAAGCUGUCCGAACUCUAGGACUAAUUAUGGGGUGUUUCAUUCUAUCAUGGUUACCUUUUUUUCUAAUGUACCUCAUUAUGAACUUCUGUACAACAUGCCAUCUUUCCUUCCACGCGGAGAACGCCAUCACGUGGCUCGGUUAUGCCAACAGUCUCAUGAACCCACUAAUUUACAAUUUUCGGAAUCGCGAUUUUCGUUAUGCCUUCCGUGUCAUCGCGCAUAGGAUCCUCAAGGCUAUCACGUUUGGCUACUUGGACAACAAGAAGGGGGUGUUCCCCAAGAAUGCAUCGUCGCACCAUCGCUUUUCUACGUCGUCCAACGGCCAUCCGAACGGAAGCCCCCUUCUUUGCGCUAGCGGUAUCAAGCUGAACCUCAUGAAGCGCCAUUCGGAAGGCAGAGUUUCGCAAGGUGGAAAUGGUGGGGAGAAUGAGAUGCCUUGCCAGAUUUUACCGGAAGAUGAAAUUUUGAAUUGUUCUCCCGAUCGAGGAGAAGAAGGCGAGAAAGUGACAUUCCGCGAGGAAGAUGGAAGUGACCACUCUUUAUGAAUAUUUCGUUACUUAAAAAAAACAUCUUUUGAUGUACUAUAGCAUUCAUCAGGUGAAAAAACGUUUAUUUACCAGGAUCUAUAGAAGGUUUACCUGACUGAAGUUAGUUUGUUAUUAUACAACUCAACACGCUCAAAUCAUGUUACGAUGAAAAGACAAACACCAAACGAAAAAUAUCAUUGAUAACCUAUAAAAGGAUCACUUCUCACAGAGAGAUUUUUUUUUUCUUGAAUGAAAACUCUAUUUAUUGCCCCAUGUAUGAAGUAUCUAUUCUCAGUUUGAGUGUAUAAUGAGACGAUUAUGUUGGUGUAUCAUGUGCAAUUUUUACCUCUCGUUUUUUUCCUUUUGAACAGGCAUGCACAUUAUCAGAGAAAAUUAUGUUACCCAUCAUUAUGCAUGGGUAUAUUUAUGUUAAAUACAUCGACCAACAGGGUUACAUCGAUUAUAAACGCUGCUAACAUGUAGAAUUGUAUAGUUGGUUGCCGUGAUUUGUUUUACUUUGUUUGAGAGAAGCAUCGCAUAUAGUCUCGUUCACUGUAAAAUAAAAUGCUGUAUUUCUUAUUCAGUUUUUGCGGGGAAAAUAUACGAAACACCCCAUAUUUAACCAUAGAGCUAUUACAUAGCUCCAUGAUUUAACGGUGAUUUUAAAAGCCACAAAAUUUUACGGUGAACUAUAAACGUUACUGUGGAAAGUCAAGCAGCAGUUCUAGAAUUUUACCCUAUUUUUAAAAGGCGAAUUCCCAGCAUCUUGAAGCUUGAUUUUCCACUUUAAUGUUCAUGGUUAACCGUAAAAUUGUGCGGAGGUUUUACAGUACGUCAUACCGUUCAUAAUUUGGUCUUUUGCAAAUUUUAUGUUAUUUUUCACUUUCAUAUCCGGCCAGAAUUACGAUUUCGCCGUAAAAAUAUUACAGUAUGUUGUGUAAUUAUUGAUUAGAAAUAUACAUGUAUAUAACUGCAAGAACAUACACAAAAAUGUGUUAUAUCUAUAUAUUGUGUGAAAUGACGACAUUUACCUCGGAAUAAAAUUCAACAAAAUGGAAUGAGUCUGGUUAAGCCGCUUCAACGGCGCCAAUAGCUAAUUUUGAAUUCGUCCCAUUAUCUACUUAUCUGACGAAUGCCAUUUGUAUAAUAUUGUUGGUUUUUCAUUAAGUUGCCAUUUCACAACUGAAAAGAUGAUGGGGUUUGGAAAUUUAUUUAGUUAUCUAUUCCUGCUGAAAAAGAACACAGUGUCACACUGUCUGAUCACAGUGUAUUCGCAAAGUGAACUAGGCACUAAAAAGCUCCAGUGUUGAUUUAACACCAGCCCGAAAUCUACUAUGUCCACACCAGAAAAGAAUUGAAACAACACCAGUC